CCAGCCUGGAGCCUAAGCACACGCUGCAUUAAUCAGCCUUGCUGGAAUGAUCACAUGGUUUCUAGCUGCCGCUUGUCAGCAGCUGGCGGAGCUGGAGGCUGCAGGCCCCUGUCUGCAGAAAGCCUUUCACUUCGGAAUAUCAGGGGGGUGUGGAAGCCCCGCCUCUGUAUUCUGCACUUCUCACCAUCUGACUGACUAAAUGGUUGUCCUCCGCACCAGAAAGGCCACCAUACAAUCUGAGGAAACUGUUUCUGGCUAGGUCAUGUUUGCAUUUGAGGAAUUCAGUGAACAGAGCAUCUGCCAAGCCCGGGCCUCCGUGAUGGUCUACGACGACACCAGUAAGAAGUGGGUGCCCAUCAAGCCUGGCCAGCAGGGAUUCAGCCGCAUCAACAUCUACCACAACACUGCCAGCAACAGCUUCAGGGUCGUCGGAGUCAAGCUACAGGACCAGCAGGUUGUGAUCAACUACUCCAUCGUGAAAGGGCUGAAGUACAACCAGGCAACGCCAACCUUCCACCAGUGGCGCGACGCCCGCCAGGUUUACGGCUUGAACUUUGCAAGUAAGGAAGAGGCGACCACGUUCUCCAACGCCAUGCUGUUUGCCCUGAACAUCAUGAAUUCCCAGGAGGGAGGCCCCUCCACCCAGCGUCAGGUGCAGAAUGGCCCCUCUCCUGAGGAGAUGGACAUCCAGAGAAGACAAGUGAUGGAGCCGCAGCAGCACCGUCAGGAGUCUCUGGAGAGAAGAGCCUCAUCCACAGGGCCAGUCCUCCCACCGGGGCAUCCCUCAUCUGCAGCCAGCGGUCCCCUCUCAUGUAGUGGGCCUCCGCCCCCACCCCCACCCCCCGUCCCACCCCCACCCACGGGGGCCGCCCCACCACCACCACCACCCCUGCCGGCUGGAGGCGCCCAGGGGGCCAGCCAUGAUGACAGCUCCGUGUCAGGACUGGCCGCCGCCCUGGCUGGGGCCAAGCUGAGAAGAGUGCAGCGGCCAGAAGAUGCGUCUGGAGGCUCCAGUCCCAGCGGGACGGCAAAGUCUGAUGCCAACCGGGCGAGCAGUGGGGGUGGUGGAGGAGGCCUCAUGGAGGAGAUGAACAAACUGCUGGCCAAGAGGAGAAAAGCAGCCUCCCAGACAGACAAGCCCACAGACAGAAAGGAAGACGAAAGCCAGACGGAAGAUCCCAGCACCUCCCCCUCCCCAGGGACCCGAGCCGCCAGCCAGCCCCCUAACUCCUCAGAGGCUGGUCGGAAGCCCUGGGAGCGGAGCAACUCGGUGGAGAAGCCUGUGUCUUCAUUACUGUCCAGAACCCCGUCUGUGGCUAAGAGCCCUGAAGCCAAGAGCCCCCUUCAGUCACAGCCUCACUCUAGGGUGAAGCCUGCUGGGAGCGCUAAUGACGUGGCCCUGGAUGCCUUAGAUCUGGACCGAAUGAAACAGGAGAUCCUGGAGGAGGUGGUCCGAGAGCUCCACAAGGUGAAGGAGGAGAUCAUCGAUGCCAUCAGGCAGGAGCUGAGUGGGAUCAGCACCACGUAAGGCGACCACCACCCGGAGGACAGCAAGGAGCCCCCACCCGCCUCCAGCGCACAUGGAGCGUGGGGGCCAGGAUGCGCUCCACCUAAGUCUCAGCCUGUGAUCAAAUUCAAAACGAGGAAACAAAGUUCAACUCCUGGAUUUUUUUAGAUUCUAUCUGACACAGAAUACCAGGUCUAUUCUCUUUUUUUGUAUUUUAUAUUUGCUUAUUUAAGUGUACAUUUCUUUGGUUUAUAGAGGACACCCCCAAGUCAACUGCUUCAUUAGAUGGUUUCCAGGUUUCCUCCAGGUGACGCUGUGAGCCCCUGAGCUGGCAGCGAGGGGCCGGCUGGGCUCGGCAUCCCGCACAGCACGGCCGCCCGGCAAGCUCCGCCCCAGCACCUCGGUGUUGUCUGUCCACGCACCGCGUGUUAUGUCCACACAGUAAUAAACCACUUACUGUCCACAC